AUGCCCAACCCAUUUCCUCCACUUGAGCCUAUGGACAAAACUCGGAGGUCACACUUGAAAAUCAUUGUCGACUCCGACACCGUCAAAAAGACUUCAAAACCGCUGGCCGAAUUGAUGGGGUCAGUCGACGGAGGUAUCAUGUUGCUGGAGGAAGAUCAUGUCGGUUCAAUGUUCGUUCUCCUCGCAAUCGUUCACGAGCGCCCUCUGGACAUCCUACCAGCCAAGAUUUCAAUCAGCGAGCUUCAGAGCCUGGUCCACCACGCAGACAAGUAUGGCCUCGUCCACCGUCUGGGAACGCACCUCAAGGGGUGGAUGCCCAAGCAAGAGGAAUGGACGGACCCUCAGAUUUGGAACGAUACUGCACACACCGCCUGGAUUGCCAGCACAAUCGGCGCGAAAGAUAUCUACGAACAAGUGAUUGCUCGCCUCGCCAUCAAGUACACUAAUGUACCUUCCAAGGACGAUCUGAUAAAUCGCUGGUCUGAUAGUGUAAGACUCUAUGAAACAGUUCAAGUUGAUGUAGAGAAAUUCCGCCAAAAAGGCAUGGUGGUCGUGAGACAAAAGCUUAAGGGUUUUCAUGACAAUGCCUCAGAGAACAAAAAUUGUCAAAAGGAGCAAGCAACCGCAGAAGAACGCAAGAAAUGCAAUUUCAAGAUCGCCAGCUCCUUCAAACAUACCAUCAAGGCAGCUGGACCUGAGUUCGAGAGUUUCUUUGAGUACACAGGAGACGGAGAUGGGACACUUAUUGAAAAGAUGGAUAAAUGCACCUUGGAGAUUCUGAAGACAAAAUGCCCCACAAUUGAGGGCCACGAGUCUUGUGAUCCUUUCGUUAAGACAUUUAGAGUUGAUGUACGGAAUCAGGAGGGAUUGUCGCUGGAGCUCACCGACGAACAGAAGAAAGACUUCACACGGCGGGCUUUGAUCUCGGGAUGGGGAGCCCCCAAAACCACGCUGAACUAA